ACGCGGAGUUUUUGUGUGUGUGUUUUUUUUAAUAAUAAAAACUCCUGUCCUCGGUCCAUCCUGCCGAUCGUCCCCCUCCCUCCUCCGCGGACGAGUCGUCGCUCAGUUUGUAGCUCUUCUGUGUCUCUGUAGAGUUUUUUACGUUGCUGCGUGUGACUGUUGAGCAUGCUAGCCCCGUUAGCUUCUGCCGUUAGCAGCGCUGCAGCUAACAGGCUUCCUCGGAUCGAGCUGUUACUCAUCUGAACUCGUGUCCCCUGGCUCGUGGCGAAGAGGCACUAAAUAUGUCCAAUCAGCUGACUGCAGAGCAGAAGCAGAAGAUUGAGGAGAACAGACGGAGAGCUUUGGAGAGGAGAGCCCAGAGACUUGGACAGACCAGCAGCACCAGUAAACAGACCUCAGCAGGCUCCAGCAGCUCUGCAGUGCGAGCCCAGCUCCCUGCACAGAGAUCUACUCCUGAUCCCGCUGCCUCCACUCACCAGAGGGAGGCCAUACAACACGCUCCAAAACGCUUUGUUCCACCUUUCAAGAGAACUUCAGAGAGUCUCAGUGGACACACGGAUCAGCCAAGCCAGCAGCAGCUUUCUGUCAAUGGAUUCAACCAGAACGGGCUGAGCAACUCUGCUCCUGCAAGACAGAUACAAGCCAGUGAGCCUCUUUUGCAGACAAAUAAACAUCUGCACACCUCAAGUUCAUCUGGAAGCGUCAGCAUCAAGACAACUGAAUCCAAAAUAAGCCCCAUCUCCAGCAGCAGCGGAGCAGCAACUCCUUCCUUCUAUAAGCAAACAACACCUGCCCAAAGUCCUGCGGCACAGCUUCCCCCAAACUCUGCCUCUCUGCAUGCUGUACCGGCUAAAAAGCCCGCCAUCUCCGUGAGAGGGAAGUGUGUACUUCACACAGAGGGCCGGUUUAGAGUAGAAGUGAGCUACCAUGCAGAGCUUAUCGCUGUAUUCAAAUCCAUCCCCUCAAAGAACUAUGACCCCUCAACAAAAAUGUGGAACUUUAGCCUGGAGGAUUAUCAGCCCCUAAUGGAGGAGGCAGCAGGCAUCGCCUCUGUGUAUCUAAAGCCUCUGGAGAGCGCGGAGGCUAUCGACGCUGCAGCAGCAGCUACCAGCCGAACCCGUGGCGGCGCAGCUGUUUCGGCGCUGCUGAAGCUGUGUACCGGCUGGCAGAAACCCGGAGCCGCCCUGCAGGGCCAGUGCACCCUGGUGUCCCGCUCAAGGUUCGAGGUUGACCUGGGUUACCACGUCGAUGUCAUUGCAGCGUUUAAGCAAAUGCCAACAAAGAGCUACGACAUGAAAACAAGAAAGUGGAGUUUUUCUCUAGAGGAUUACAAGAACCUCAUGGACCUCCUCGGUGGGAUAGCAGCAGUGGAGGUGGAGCCUCUGCCCAGGGCUGUAAUCCAGGCUUUCGCUGCCAGGUUUGAUGGGACUGAAGCCAGGUCUUUAGACGUCCCCGAGGCGGACCUCUCCGGCAUCGACCCCUCGCUAACCCGCAGCCUCAUGCCCUUCCAGAGGGAGGGAGUCAACUUCGCAGUGUCUAAACAAGGCCGCCUCCUCUUGGCGGACGACAUGGGCCUGGGGAAGACGGUGCAGGCCAUCUGUAUAGCAGCUUACUACAGGAGCGAGUGGCCUUUAUUGGUGGUGGCACCCUCCUCUGUGCGCUUCACCUGGGCUGAGGCUUUCAGGCGCUGGCUCCCGUCCCUGAGGCCGGACAGCAUCAACGUGGUGGUGAAGGCCAGAGACAGCUUGAGGUCUGGACUGAUCAACAUCAUCAGCUACGACCUGCUGAGCAGGACGGACAAACAGCAGCAAGGAAACCCCUUCAAUGUUCUCAUCAUGGACGAGUCUCACUUUCUGAAGAAUAUGAAGACCGCUCGUUGUAAAGCUGCGUUGCCUCUGCUGAAAGCUGCGAAGAGAGUGAUCCUUCUGUCUGGGACCCCUGCCAUGUCCAGACCCUCGGAGCUCUACACUCAGAUUCUGGCAGUCAGGCCCGCGCUCUUCCCUCGCUUCCACGAGUUCGGGAUGCGUUACUGCGCCGCCAAACAGAUGACCUGGGGCUGGGACUACUCCGGCUCCUCCAAUCUGGCCGAGCUGAAGCUGCUGUUGGAGGAGUGUCUGAUGCUGCGCCGGCUCAAGUCCGACGUCCUCUCACAGCUCCCCGCCAAGCAGCGCAAGGUGGUCACGGUCACCGUCGACGCCGUCAGUGCCCGAAUGAAGGAUGCACUCUCGGCUGCAGCCAAGCAGCUUUCCCAGGGACGCCAUAAUAAAAAGGAAGAGAAGGAGGCCCUCCUUGUUUUCUACAGCCACACGGCCGAAGCCAAGCUGCAAGCCAUUAUGGAGUACAUCACCGACAUGCUGGAGAGCGGGAGGGAGAAGUUCCUCGUGUUCGCUCACCAUAAGUUAGUGUUGGAUCACGUCAGCAGAGAGCUGGGGAAGAAGAACGUGAGUUUCAUCCGGAUCGAUGGAGCCACUCCUUCAGCGGAGCGGCAGCAGCUGUGUGAGAGGUUCCAGUUCUCCGCUGGGACCUGCGUGGCCGUGCUGUCCAUCACGGCGGCCAACAUGGGCAUCACCCUCCAUUCUGCCGACCUGGUCAUCUUUGCCGAGCUGUUCUGGAAUCCCGGGGUUCUCAUUCAGGCGGAGGACAGAGUUCACCGCAUUGGACAAACCAGCAAUGUGAACAUUCACUACCUGGUCGCCAAGGGAACUGCUGAUGAUCACCUGUGGCCAAUGAUCCAGUUAAAGAUGAACGUCCUGGAGCAAGUGGGCCUGUCUGAGUCCAACCUCUCCGACAAUGCCUUGAACGCCAGCUUCCACUCCAAGGCUCCGAACCAGAGGAGCAUCAUGGAGAUGUUCCAGAGCUCUUUCAACGGAGACGAUGACAUCGAUGAAGCCAUCUUAAUGGAGGCGGCCAGCGACUGGGACGACUCUCUACCUGAAGACAAUCGUGCUCAGCACCACAGCACCAACGUGGUCGGACAAAGCCCAAAUAAAAAAACCAUCAAAGACUAUUUCAGCAGAUGAGCAAGAGCUUCUUCUGAAAUCUUAACCUAUUAUGUGUUCACAAAUGGUUUUUUUAUUAAUGAUAGUGUAUUUUUGUUCUUACUAAAAAAAAAAACAAAACAGGAAAUUAAUAAAUAUCUAACUUUCUAGCUUUUUCUUGACCCUCUUUUUACACCUGAAAGUGGCUGGUUGCUGUGAGACCGGUUGAUGUCUCAUUCAUAAUU